AUGUCAAUGGAGGUUACUGGAAAAAUGUUUUGUAAGCCUUGCGGAGAUGGCACUAAACGUGUACCUGCAAACGGUCUAUGUCGCGAUUGUGAGGAACAUAUGUGUAUAGCGUGUUUCGGAAACCACAAAAAAUACAAAAUUUGUAAAGAUCACAGAUUGGUUGAUAUUGAUACAAAAGUUCUAGACAUUAGUGAGGCAACAGAAGAAAAGUUCGAAAAUUGUCUGAAGCACAAAAAUGAAAAAAUAAAAUUUUAUUGUUCAAGCCAUGAAGAAGUAGGCUGCGGUGACUGUACGAUAUUAGAACACAAAACGUGUAAUGUUGAAUAUAUACGUGAUGUAUCCAAAACGUUUAAGGAGAGUAAGGAAUUUCAAGACAUUGUCAAAGAUGUUGAUUCUUGUCAGAAAGAAGUGACCAAAUUCUAUACAUCAUUCACUGAUAAUAAGGUACAGGUUGAAGAUAUAUAUCAGGGAUUUCUUGCCGAUAUUAAAUCAUUCCGAGAUGAAAUAAAUAUCCGUCUAGACAAACUGGAAGAAGAAUUGGUUCAAAAAGCAAAAGAUGCUAAAACAACCGAUACGCUUUUAAUUGAAUCACUUGAAACAUCAUGCGAAGAUCUAAAAAAGGAGUUAUCGCAAAUAAGUGAUGAACUUGUGUCUAGAACUGACGAACCAAACACAUUAUUUGUCACUGCAAUGCGGUGA